AUGACACCUCUCAACCCAAAGUAUGAGAGCACCCUGGCCGGGGGUCUUCCUCCUCUUGCAAAGUCUGGGUCCAUCCACAGGGCCACUUGGGCUGCGGGCGGUUUAAAAAUGUACACUUUUGAGGCACGAAGACUGGGUGCAGGAGAAAGUAAGCAGUUAAGAAGUAAGAAGGCAAGAGGACCAAAGGCACGAAUUUGCUUCCACGCCACGGCCCGGGACCCAGGGGCCGAUGUGCCUCCGAGCGAAGUCGUCGUGUCUGGGCAGAAGGCGCUCCAGGAGGCGCGAGGCCCCAGCCGCGGCGCUGUCCCCGCCGCCACUGCUGCUGUCCCGGCCCCGCGGCGCCCAGCACGGCCCCGAUCCCCCAGCCAGGCGGCGGCCGCCCCCGACCCCGCGGCCCAGGCGCAGCCCCCACGCCCUGGCACAGGACUGCAUGGCCGCGGCCACCGUCCCCUGCCCCGGCCCGCAAGGGUCAGCCGCGCUCUUGGCCCCUCUCCUGGCCUCGGUCCCCCGGGUGGCGGCUGCGCCCGGCCUGGAGCCCCUUUCGCUGGACAGUCGGCCGGACAGAUGGAUGGACGCUCGCGGGCAAUGAAUGGGCGCUGCGCUCAACCAAGACACUCGCGCAAAGUUGUGGCUCCACCCAAGGCACCUGCUCCGCACAUUUUAAGCGGCGCCCUGGAGGCGGGAGGUGGGUUGGGGCCAGGAAGCCCUUGGCCAAUGAAAGUAGACAGAGGGGGAGGGGGCGGAACAGUUCCCGCCCCCGCCCCCCUCUUCCUACCCUCUUCCCAGCCCUUCCGUAGAGUCCCGCUUCCCCUGGACCGGAGGCUGCCAUCUCCAGUCCUACCCACUCCGACGCUGGCUGGUGCCGGGGGCCGGGACACUCCGUACGCCGCCCGCCAGGGUGUGGAGCCGCACUGGGGCAAGAUCAGGUGGGACAGCCCAAAGACUCCGGGCCAAGUUCCUGGGGGACUCGGCGGAGAUGGAAGAUGAUUCUCGAAGCUCUCCAUUUCCUUAAUUUUGAGUGUAUCCCUCAGAAGAAACCAGAGGACAAUCCCUUCACCAGAGUAUUGAGAAGUCCAUUGGUAAGAGCAGCACCAGUGUUUUUGAAAAGUCCUGUGGCUGCGGUCCUCUACAGUUAUCUUCAGUCCUUCUUCAGUGCUGUGACUGAGUGCUUGCUGAUUAUUGUGCUUGCUGAUCCUGACUAAUACUCUCUCUUGAUGAGCUUCAUAUUCAUCACGAC